CUUCUCCAGCGGUCGGGGGCGAGCGCCAGGGCGGCGGCGAGGGCGAGUGAGUGCGGCCGGGUGGGGCGGCGGCCAGGCACCCCGGCCGCUCGGGAUUGGGCCUCCGAUCUGGCCCCGGCAACCCAGGGGAGGGUCCCCCUGGCGAAAGCGGGACGGGGUGCCCUGGGAGCCUCCGACCCAGCUAGGGUACCGAGCCCGGGCGAGUCUGGAGGCGGGCGAGUCCGCCCAGGCUGCCGAGAUUUGCCGCGGGUGCGCUUGCCGGGGGCGCGAGCGAGGGCCUCUGCGGGUUCCAGCGACCCCUCCCCCCAGGCGCCCACUCCCCUACCCUCCCACCAAAGGGGGCUUCUCCGCUCCACAUGUCAUCUCCUUCCUCCUCCUGGCCAUCUUUUCGCCUCUCUCUUCUGGCAGGAUCUCCAACGCCUGUAUGGUAGCUUCCGGAGCCAGAUGCCCUCGGGGCCAGCUCCCCCAGUGGGGCUCCGGGGAGCUCUCGCCCCGCCCCCUUCGGCGCGGGGGCCCCAGGGAGGGGCGGAGCAGCCCUUCCUUAGGGAAUGCAAACCUUCCCACUGGGUGCCCAGGCCCUGCCGGGUGGCUGGGCCUCUGCAAACACGCCGCCCUGCGGGGAGCGCGGUGGGAAAAAGCUCCUCCCAGGUCCCGCUCCCCUGCACGCACGGCCCUCACACGCUGCUCUCUUUUCCUGGUUUCCACCCGCGCCAGGUGAUGCGCAGAGCUGAAACCAUGGUCCAUCAGGUGCUCUACCGGGCGCUGGUCUCCACCAAGUGGCUGGCGGAGUCGGUUCGGGCUGGCAAGCUGGGGCCUGGCCUGCGGGUGCUGGACGCGUCCUGGUACUCGCCGGGCACCCGCGAGGCCCGCAAGGAGUACCUAGAGCGCCAUGUGCCCGGCGCCUCCUUCUUUGAUAUGGAGGAGUGCCGGGACGCGGCGUCGCCCUACGAGAUGAUGCUGCCCAGCGAGGCCGACUUCGCCCACUACGUGGGCCGCCUGGGCAUCAGCAACCAGACCCACGUGGUGGUUUACGAUGGUGACCACCUGGGCUCCUUCUAUGCGCCGCGGGUCUGGUGGAUGUUCCGUGUGUUCGGCCACCGCACCGUGUCGGUGCUCAACGGCGGCUUCCGGAACUGGCUGAAGGAGGGCCACCCGGUGACAUCUGAGCCCUCACGCCCAGAGCCGGCUAACUUCGAAGCCACACUGGACCGCUCCCUGCUCAAGACCUACGAGCAGGUGCUGGAGAACCUUGAGUCUAAGAGGUUCCAGUUGGUGGAUGCCCGGUCCCAAGGACGGUACCUGGGCACCGAGCCAGAGCCAGAUGCAGUAGGACUGGAUCCGGGCCACAUCCGAGGCUCAGUCAACAUGCCGUUCGUGGACUUCUUGACCAAGGACGGCUUCGAGAAGAGCCCAGAGGAGCUGCGUGCUCUGUUCGAGGCCAAGAAGGUGAAUCUGGCCCAGCCCCUCAUUGCCACCUGCCGGAAGGGAGUCACCGCCUGCCACAUUGCCCUGGCCGCCUACCUCUGCGGCAAGCCCGACGUGGCCGUCUACGACGGCUCCUGGUUCGAGUGGUUCCACCGGGCCCCCCCGGAGACCCGCGUGUCCCAGUGGCAGCGCGGGAAGGCCUGAGCGGUGGGCCUCCUCAGUGGCCAGAAGCUCCCGUCUGUUCAGUGACCGAAGUCUGACACACAGCGCGUCCCUCGUCGGCAAAGGAGACCGACUAGGUUUGAGAACUGCCGGGCAAAGCUCUCCUUUCCUCCCAGACACUGGAAUAAACCGCUUUUUCUGAGGA